CAAGUGACGCGCGGGCCGGACGCACGUCUCCACGCGCUCCAACCGAAGACGUUCGCGAGUUGCCAAAAGUAAUGUGACACGGCUUAAAGUUUUAAUACUUGAGUGAAUUAUUAGUUUAAAAUAAUGUGACAGAAGAACAGUGAAGUGAAUUAUUAACAAUGUUGUUAUUAUUAAUGGGGAUGUUUGUCGCUCGCAGUGUAUCGCACACGAUCACGAGUCUCGAGGUGCCGCUGUGGGCGGACCCGCGGCGCGAGGCCGAGCUGCGGUGUCUCUACAUCCGCCAGCAGCACGACCCGCCGCUGCACUCCGUCAAGUGGUACCGCGACAUGCACGAGAUCUUCAGAUACACGCCACAAGAGUUAGAAACACGAGCAUUCAACAGUACUGGGAUAUCAGUAACAAACAGCUCGUGCGACCCGCGCGCAUGCGUCAUCACGGUGCGGCCGGAGCGAGGCACGGCCAAGUACACGUGCGAGGUGUCCAGUGAGGGACCGCGGUUCGCCGUCGACAAGAGGUCAGCGAACAUGACGCUUGCUGUGCUGCCUGAAUAUGACCCAUUGAUCACGGGUCUACCGACACUGGUCCAGGUCGGUGAGCAGGCGCUAGUCAACUGCACCUCGGACUACUCGCUGCCAGCCGCCACCAUCGACUGGUUUGUCGAUUCGGAGCCUCAAGAGGAUCCCCUGAUAACAGCGGAAACCACGGUGUCGGGUGCCGACGGCGACGGGCUCCGGGCAUCAUGGCGGACUCUCCACGUGUACCCGGACGACUAUCCGACGCACCGCGGGUACCUGGCGCUGCGGUGCCGCGCCACAGUUGCCACGCGGCCGCCGCACGUGCGCAGCAUGUCUGUACGGCUGUACGUCGCGAGCCGACCCCAUAUAUCCUCCUAUAUGUUUAGUAAAAAUAAUGCCGUGGCGAGCAGUAGUUCACGUUUUCGUCUUGAGACUACUGUGUGGACGUUGCUAUUCUUCGUGAGAAGACAAGUGCCUUCACUAGUUAAAUAAAGUGCUAGUGUAAUGUGACAUACAAACUGACAAACGAAUUAUCAAUGCUGUGAGUGUUGGUUAAGUUACGGGGUAAUGCGUGAGUCUGCGUUGAGAGGAACCUCUGUGAAUACUAGCGAUAUAUUUCAAAAACAUGUUUUUUUUCAUUUGUAUAGGUUAUAUUCGUGCUAUCAAUAUUUUCUAAUGCUUUUUACAAUCUAAAAACAAUUAAAUCAGCCCCUCGUAUGCGAAUGAAAUUUAUACUCGUAGCAGCGUGAACGAUCAUAGUAAUCGCCUAAGAAAAAUAUUUUUUUUGCAACAGCUUUUAUAUAUUCGAACAAUUUCUGUCAUUAUUGAAGUUUCUAGAAUAAUCAAUUGUCCGGGCCGAUCUUCACUUAUCUCACAAAACAUCUAAAAAUAUUCUAUACUCUUAUCUAAAAAGACAGUAGUUUCCCGACCACGGAUUCCUAAGUCAUGUACAUUAACCAACAAAUAAGUUUAAAUUCAUAAGGAGAUCAGUUUAAUCCAUCAAGAAUAGUGUUGCUUAACGAUAGCAAGUUGAAAUCCCGCGUAAUGAAACAAUGCGGUGAAUACACUGUAACGUUAUUCAAGCUCAGCGCUAAGUUAUUCACACACCGCCAGUCAAGGAUGAGGUCCUUUUGUGAAUAAAUUAUGACGUUAACUUAUUUCAAGUUGUGUUGCUUAAAUUAACUACUGAAUUUUAAAAGCUACGUUGUUUUUAGAAUACAUCUGAAUUAAUUUUGUAUAGUUCUAAUUGGGUUUCGAACAGGCUGACGUCUAGAAUUUGUGUUUUUCCGUUCUAUUUUCACGCGAGCAUAAUGGUUUUAAGAUUGAUUUCGGCAUGGAAUAGAUUUUAACAAAUUUUUAAAUAUAAUGAACUUUUAUUUUUUGAUUUAUCUGCUAUGUUUCAGAAAAUUUAACCAGUAAUUUUAGUAUACUAUUAACAACACUUAUUUUCUUAAUUUGUAUAUUUAAUUGAGACAUAUCGCUAGUACAUAACACAACUUGUAAAUAAUAUUUUCGAUCAACACAGUCAACACGAGUGUUAUGUAAAUGAAAGUUAUAUAUAUUCAGCUGUGAAUCCCGUUGACAUGUAUAGAAAUAAUAUAUUUUCAUGAGGCUAAAGAUACACCUAACAAAAUCUGUUUAUAACGAGCACGCGAUCUCUUACAUUCUAAAUUAGAUAAAUUACAAACAUUAUAUUAUGUCAAGUCUUUUGCUCAAUCGUUGUAUGAUAUUAUUGUUUUAGGGCUGACACUGCUUUCUUGAACUGCCUGUCGGAGUAUUUAUACAUUUUUUAUUUAACUUUUGUUAACGCUUUUCGUUCAAAUUAUUUGGGGAUUAUGAAAUGUUUUUUUUUAUAACCACUCUCGCAAUAAGGCCUUUAAUCCUUGUAUUGUUGAGAACACCUCGACAAGCAUUCGUGGGACACACAAACGUUUGUCGUCGCGCACCUUCUGUUUGGCGUGGUUUCCUCAACCACUCGACUAAUCUUAAUAUCAAAGGAAAAACAUCAGUCGUGGGCAUUCGAUGUUUGUAAGCAAUAUGACACCGCGACGUGUAACGUUGUCACGGAGUUUCGUUUACGCAAGCUACUUAUUUCGCUAUCCGUAUAAGUUCACGGAAAUAUCUGUGUCAAUUGAUAUUUCUCUUGAGAAAAGAAAAAUAUUUAUUUGGAUUUCAUUUAAAACUAUGGCAUGAUGUAGAGCUGGUUUGCUGGCGUACAAAUCAUGUUAACCUUAGAAACCUACUCUUGACUUAAGACAUUUCUUAUACAGCUAUAAAUAAAAAGACAAUCAGUUUUUUUCACUUUCGCAUUUCACACAUGAUCUCAAAGGGUAAGGGAUCGUUACACAUAAACAGUAAUAAAUAUUGUAUAAAGUGUUAAUUUCGAAGCAAGUUUAAGCCCAAGGGGUGAGGCGUCAGGUGUCGCAGGACUAAUCCCUCGGAAGCCUGUCGUGAACUUCACCUGAUAAAACUGUUUUGUGUGUAUUGUCAUACACACGUCAUGUCUAUUAUUCAAUGUGUGUUAAAUGUACAUAAAAUAGGUAGAGCAUAUAAUGAUAGGUCAGUAACAAACGUUAUAAAGUUAAUCGCGAAGGUACGUAUUUUUGUUCUCCGCAUUAUUUCAACUCCACAUAAAAUCCUGUCAUGUUUU